AUGUCAGUUACUUUAUCUGAGGUGCUUGUGACGGCGUUUCUGUUUCUGACAGUGGUAUUUGCCAUAGGGCUUGUGCCCAUUUACCUCGUUGGCAGAAGAGAUGCUGGAGAAAGCAAAUAUCUAGCCAUGUUUUCGCUUUUCGGGGUGGGAAUGUUAUUGGGGACUUCGUUCAUGUUAGUGAUCCCAGAAGGUGUGGAAGCGUGCUUGGAGCACAAUGGAAACGUGGGAUUGAAUUUAUUGAUUGGUUUUAUGGUCGUAUUCUUUUUGGACAACGUGGCAUCGGCUGUAGCGAAGGGCGCUAAGACAUCUAGACUGUCAUCUUUUCUACAAGACGCUCCAGAAAUGAAUUCUUGGAAGGAUGUGCUCAAGCCUAAGAAGGCGCUAACACUGGUAGUGAGGAAUCAGGUUGUUUUCGCUCUUGUGGUACACGGGUGUUCAGAUGGAUUAGCUAUGGGUGCAGCAACGAGUAAUGACUCAGUCAAGUUUGCUACGCUUAUUGCUAUCAUCAUCCACAAAAUACCCGCUGUACUGUCAUUGAGCAGCGUAAUGGUCACGAAGCAGCAUCUACCCGCACUUGAAGCGGUUUCAAACUUGCUCGCGUUCUCCAUGUCUACGCCCGGUGCCUACAUAGUGAUUUCAGCAUUGAACUUGAAGAAGUGGGAGGCUUUGGAGUGGGUUAGCGGAAACAUCUUGUUGAUGAGUGGUGGUAGCUUGCUUUAUGCUGCAGUGUCUGCGUUGUUAGGAGGACAUGAUCGCACCCCGGAAACUCACGAAGUUAGAGGCGCCGAACCGCUGAUGUCAAGCUCAUUGGAUCAAGAGUUCACUUCUAAAGACAUGACCCCAUUCGAGAUCGUCUCGUCCCCGGUGAAGGAGGAAGUCCCACAUGGGGAAACGCUGUACGUGGUAGCAGGGGUUAUUAUCCCAGUGAUCGUUUCGUACCUGAUAAGUGAGAAGAGCUGA